GCCGAAUGCUACAGAGGAUGCCUUAUUGUAAAUCGAUCAUCGCGAUUCAGCCUUGAUGUAAAUGAGUUAUAAGUAAGGUGAACUUUGUUAACUAAAUCACAGUAGAAAUAUUCAACAGACGAGAUACUGAAAAUUGCAGACCUUUGAACAUGAAGCCUUUGCUAAAUGAUUUAAACCUCACAGAAACAAGACCCAGUUACAAAACAUUCGAGAUUCUCGUCAGUGAGGAUGCAUGGGUACUUCUGGCAGUGACUCUUGUAGGACUUGUUAUUGCUGUUGGAAGCACAGGAAAUAUAAUGGUAAUUUUAGCCAUUAAGAAAGAAAAGAAGUUACAGACAGUUUCAAAUGUGUUUGUUAUGAAUUUAGCAGUUUGCGAUUUGUUACUUUUGGGAUGUGUAUUACCUUUUAACAUCUACACAUAUAUAUCCGAUGGUUGGUACAUAACGUCCACUCUAUGCAAAUUGGUCGGCUUUUGGGGAUAUACAUUAACUGGAACAACAAUCAUAACCCUUACACUGAUUGCCUUUAAUCGCUACAAAUUGGUAUUAGAUAUAGGAGCAUACAAACAGCUAUACACACGUAGAAAUAUAAUAUUGAUGUUGAUGGUGGCAUGGUUGGUACCAGCUCUGUGCCUUACUCCAGCAUUAGUUGGUAUAUGGGGACAAUUUGGAUAUGUUCCCAUGAUGGUCACGUGUAACCUACUACUUGAUCACAGAAGUCAAUUAUUUAAAAUAUUCUUACUGGUAGUACGCGCUGUUCUCCCAUGUUUCCUCAUAGUGUAUUACUACGCACGGAUAUAUCAUGCAACAAGAAAAAGUCACCAGCGCAUCGGCGGAAUUGGACGUAUUCCGUCCUCGCUAGACGUACAUAAUCAUGCAAAAGAAAUGCACAUGACACGGAUGAUGUUGAUAAUAUUUCUUGUUUUCUCCCUCUCUUAUUUCCCUUGUACAGUUACUGGAAUGAUUGACUGGAAUAUUGUAUUGUCGAAGCAGUACCAUAUGUUUUGUCAAAUUUCAAUCUAUUUGGGAAGUGCCGCGAAUCCUUUGGUAUAUGGACUUAUGAACUCUCAGUUUAGAAAAGCCUAUCGGGAGUUAGUAUGUUGUUUUAACAUUUAUCUAACUUCUUACUCACUAACAUCUACAAGAAAGAGUUCAUUGUUUAACAGCAGUAAUCAAAUAAGGGGAAAAUUUAAUUCAAGAACAUCAUCUGAUCUACAGUCGGGAAUUUAUCCUUUAUUGCUGGCCAAGCAUUGUAAUUUUGAUUCAAAGCCUACUUCAGAAGACGUGCCUGCUAACCAUAGCCAUGAGUCAGUGAUGAUAAACGUGUCAACAAGGAAUGAAAAAAGACCAACAUUUUCACUAGACUGAUGCAGAAACAAGCAUGUUGACUUAUAUUGUUCUGAAAUAAAACUCACGAACAUAACAACGAACUCCCGAACAAACAAAAAAACUGCUUAAAUACCCCGCUUGCAUUACAUUUAACCGUGUGAUUCAGAAGGAAGACUUCCAGGAGAAAGGAAAUGGAAUUUGAAAUUGCACUGUGUAAUUACAGAGACUCAUUUAAGAAACAAUAAACAUACGCGCUCAU